GGCGGCCACCAGAGAGCCGGCCGCCCGAUGUUUCGCAUCGCGGGUGUGGAGCGAUGUCUGGCUCCGCACUUCGCUCACAACACGUCAUAUCUCUCGAGCCGAACGGACGUGUUUCGCUCGCGCUCUGCUCAAAGGCUGUAAAAUACCUGCUCCCACCUAAUUCCAUUACGAAGAUCGUACACCGUCACCGGCCGUUCGCGCGUAUUUUGUCAGCAUCAAAACGCCAGUAAGGGCAGUGUGUAGUGUUGUGAAUGUUUGCGCCGUUGCUUCGUAAGUGGCCGUGAUUCGUGAAAUUGUGUUGACCAAACGGUGCAACAAAGCGCUUGUCCGUGCGUGAACAUCACUGUUUUUUGUAGUUGUGAAGAACCAAAGAAAACCCACCGUCUGUGCAGUUGAGGAGAAAUGUGCAGUUGAAGCGGAAGGUUCCUACGGCCUGAAGAAGGAACUCCCGAGUGUAUGUGAUCGCUGCGUCGGCUGAUUCGUCGUGAAUGGGCGUACCCCGCGUUUGUGAAUGUGUGGUGUGUCGUCGUGAUCGUGCGUUUUUUUUUCUGUUCACUCGCGUGGUUAGCUUUGCACCCACCAGCUGCCUCGUAAAGGAAAGAUCUCUCCCGUCAGUGGAUUUCUUUGCCAUAAAACGUUUAGAAAAGUAGAGCCGCACACUAGUGAUAGGGGAGGAGAGUCGUCAGUAAAGGGCGUGUGUGUGUGUGUGCGUGUGUAAGUAUAUGUGCUCGAACGCACAACGAUCGUCCCACCGAAACAGGGCAACACUUACGCUAACAGAAAAGAUCAACUGUGUUCGCUGUGCAAGAAAAUAAUGUCGUGAAAGCUUCAACUGUGCGAGUCGGAAAAGUUCGUGUCAAAAGUGUUGCAAGUUGAUUCGAAAGUACAACAAGCAAAAACGCAAAUGUGCAUGAGGGUGUGGCUGCGCCGGUGAAAUGUCCUUUUAAUUGAUUAUAUCAUGUGUGUGUGAGAGUUUGCGUACAUGUGUUUGUGUGUAAUAGAAGUGUAAGAGUGAGAGAAAUAAAGGGCCCUUCCAAGCGUAAAUCUUCCACCGACGCUAAGAAAGGAAGCCAUCGCCAUCGGCUGUGAACGAAAACCCAGUGCGCGGUAACUACCCAUUCCCCAAAUUCUUCUGCACCGCCAUCCCCACCCAUCAUGACCGUCUCCAGCGUAAAGCACCCGAACGUGUUGCCUCAGCCGGCCGCCGCAUCAUCCGCCCGCGUUACGGCCGCCUACGACUACAACGGCACCGGCUCGAGCGGCGGUAUCGGCGGCGGUAUUGGCGCGUCCGGCGGCAGCCUCACGCACGGCGGUGUGGGCAGCGGUAGCCACAGAUCGGGCGGCCUCGGCAGUGGCCGCAUCAGUCCCCACUCACCCGCCAACACGUCCUCCGCCUUCGGCAGGAUGCGGCCGUCGACCAAGCGCUGCCUGUUCGACAUCCGGCCCGACCCGAUCGAGACGAAGCGGGUGUGCGACGAUCACGCCAAGGCGGAACGGCAGCGCACCAUCAACCGGUACGGGUUCGAUCCGUACUCGGGCCGCGGGCUUACCACCUCCUCGUCCUCCUCGUCCUCCGGCAGCAGCUCGGUGUCGUCCAAUCGUCACCAUCACCAGUGAUGCUACAGCCGGUGGGCUGUUGCAGAGCAGGGCAGGGCUUACGAAGUGAGGAGUCGUGAAAUUGCAAGACCGCCAUCGAGAGCUCCCCGCCGUGAACCUCUGUGUCACUCUAGUUGUGAGUUUGUUUUUUAAGAACCUUGUAGGAUGAGAAAGGGAGCAAAAAAAACAAGAAAGAAAAGACGCGCGCGCCACCAAAAGAGUGCAAUACCGCCAAAACACCUGUGGGCUGUGUAAAAGCAAAAGUAGUAAAAAGCAGAGAAAUGUGCAGCAAAGUAAACACACAAACUAGACAAAAAAUUACAACAAUUAACCGCAAAGCAAGCAAACAGUAACAAACAAACAAAAAAGCAAAAAAACAAACUGUGUCCGUUGAGCGAAGAGUUAGCGCAGAGAGAACAUCGCAUCGCAUCAAAUGCAGCGAAAAAAGGGCCUGCAGUGUGUAAAGUGUAUCAACCAAGUGCGUAUGUGCAACACACAAAAAAAAACAAUAUACCAAUGGAGCCGGCCAGUUUUGUAGAAUCAACCAGCAUCAAACACACUGAAAGGUUCGCAAUGAUGGCGAUGCAGCUCACCUUCCGGGGCGAAAAAUGCCGCAGCCAAAAAGUAAACACUACCGAGCGCGACCGUAGCGACCCCAUCACAUCUUUCCUUCUGCACACGAAUGACACGCGACCGGGCUCGCGCCACUUUUGCUGCGCCCUUCCGUCGGCUGUCCCCAUGCGCUUUUGGCUGGCCUUGUUCGCGUGAAAGAAGCAGUAACUGAAACCGUUUCGCUUGCGACCAUAAGUAAGGUCUGGUGCUGGAGCACGCAAACCACGCGUACAAUGUUGCUUCUCCACGUUGCACGAGCUCAUGGUUGGUGGAUGGCAUCCGUGUGUGUCACCCGGCAGCAGUUGGCGCACAUCAUAAUUCAAGAAGGUACCUCGACACCGCCCAGCACGCUGUGUGAUCUUCGAGGAAUUUGGUCUGUACCAGAACCGGGACUUGGGAGGGACGAGACAACAUAAUUGAUCGAACAGCACGCGAGAACAUUAUGGUGUUUGAACAGCGUUAGACAACACAACACAGAAACAACCAUACAGCUGGUGGAAUAGUAUGAGAUUAGCUCAAAUCAAAACUCCCUUGCCGGGUAACGAGAAACAAGCUCCGGGCUAAGUACAGAGGUUGUUGCGAUCCGUACGAAGCAAGCUCCUUGCCAGGCAGAGCACCAGAAAACAGAGCAGGAGAGCAGGAGUACUACAAACAAGCAAAAAAAAAAUUAACACGAUCUCAUGUGAUAUUGUCUAAGCGAUGUGAGUGUGUGUGUGUGUGUGUAGUAAGUGUGUGCACGCGUAUUUUUUGUUCGUAUUCCCGCGGUAUAGAAUAGUUUUAAGGUAGUGAAAACGGUGCAAACGAUGUUUGCAUUAUUACCAUUAAAAGCUAAAGCAAAGCCUUGUUUUCCAGUGUCCUUGAAUCGUAACGAUUUUCCCUAAAUUUGACUUAUUUUAAGAUUGUUUGUAGUUUUUUUUUAUUUUGCUUUCGUUUUUGCUACACACAUCACCGCUUCAAAUCUUUUCUUUAACGAUCGCCCCUUCUUCUUUUUCUUGUAUGUCUUGUAUGUAUGUUUGUAAUAACUCAAGUUGACAUGCAGCACAAUUCGUUUCUCGUAUAUCAACGUAUCCAUUUAAUGGUAUCUUUAAAUGGCACUAUAUGUUGUUUACGAUUUUUGUUUAACUUCGAUCGUUUUCUCUAUUGCAUAACACAAACCCUAAUAAAGGGGCAACGUGUAUGUCCAAGGAGAUGAUGGUUGAUGACGCUAGGCGCGCUCUACAUAGUUUUGUAAGCACUAGAACGUUAGUGAUCGUGGCAUAAUGGUAAUGGAUGCGACUGCUCGAGGCAAAACUUGAGGAAAGAUGCGUUAAACCAUAGCGUAACAAGUCCAAUUCUCCGCCUCGUGCGGACAGGCGUUUAAUAAUCGUUAAAUUAUAUCGUUUAUAUUUUGUAUCGUGUAGCUCGUUUGAUUCAUUAUUGACUAAUAUUAUUUUAUUCUUUUUUUGUUUGUUGUAUCGCUGCAAUGUGAACGAUCUGGCUGUUUUCGACUAUCUGACUAGCAUGAUCGUGUGCAGUCAAAGGGCGCUAACAGUCCAGAGCGUGCAGAAAAAUUGCGGUGAAGUGAAGGAAAAUUUUUAUCAAAGUUCCGAUCUCAGUUUAAUCAUAUUUUUUUAUUGUAGCUCCUUUCUUCCCAUUUGAUUGAGUCCCGCUCUGUUCUCCCUCAUUUCUCCCAUUGUUAUGUAAAGCUUAGUAGGGUAAACCCUUUUCUUUUCAGUACGUUUUUGCUUUCAACAAGCAGCACAACACACCUGAUAGAAAGGAAAAAUUUGCUUAUGUUAUGCUAAAAAAAUACAUUUUUCUCUUCCUUUCUCGUGAUCUUGAUGCAUGUGUCUUCCUAAUUAGGAAAGGAAAUGCAUACAUUGUUGAGCAACACCAUGCUAAAGUGUGUGCACAAAUUGUGAGCGUGGCGUUCAUGUAUAUAAUAAGGAUGAAGUUGAACAACAAAGAGAAACAAAGCUAUAUCAAACAUCCUUUUACGCAACUUCCAGUAAAAACAGGUGCCUUACGAAUCAUUUUUUUUUUUUUUUUGCACGUAGAAAAGGAACGAGCAACAGCGAAACAAUACGAAACAAUAGAAACACUAGAAUCGUCACCAGUGCGUGUCUGUCGUACCAAAUGAAUGUGAUCGAGCGGUUUAAUCAUUAGUAGGGCAAGACGUUUUAUUAUGUUUGUUUUGUUUAUAUAUGUUUGUUUGUUUUUUUUUUGUGUCACCCAUUUUGAGAUUAGUGAAAUUGAUCUAUAAAUUUGCCAUACGAGAGAACAGACGUGAGGCGUGUGCGCAACGGCAAUACAUACAGGAACUAAUAUGCACCUCAAAACAACAUUAUGUCUAUAAAGAAAACAUUAAUACACACUAAAAACCAUCAUCUUUAGACUGUAAUAGAAAGUCCAGCCGUUGUUACUAUGCUCCACUAGCCGCUAGGAUUUGCAGGCAGAGGAGAGUACACUUAAGUUAAUUUUUACAACAAUUCCUAAUUAUGUCAACCACAAAACGAUUUCGAUUUGCACACACACACACAAUCAAUUCAGCCCGAGCGGUGAAAUGUGUAUAAACACCAAGAUUCAAUGGAAGAGUAUCGUUAACAGCUGUUAAAGUAUAAAACACUAAACAAACAUUUUAAGUUGCAUCGUGCAGUUGCGUCACACAGACACUCACAAAACAUGCAUUCAAAAGUGAAAUCAUUCGAUGAAGGCGAGGAGAGCAGAAUUAGUUAAUUAUUUAUCCUUCAACCAAAAUGUUAUUACUGUUAGGAUGUACUUCGUCGAUAGAGGGUAAGCGCGAUGAAAAUGGUCCAAUGUAGUGUAGAACUUAUUGUAAGGGAGAUUUUUUUUUGUAGUGAGUGUUUCUCUGUCGAAAGCAAAGUAGAAAACGUCCCUUCCCCUACCUUUUUCUGUGCUUACGGGAAAGGGAAAAUAGAUGAUAGAUAAUGCAUUCAAGACCAUUUUCUGUUAUAAAACAAAAGUAAAACGAGAGAAAAACAAAACUUACCCAACAUGUAUGAAAAAAAAGAAAAAAAAACUCUACAGCAAAUGUGAAGAAAUGGAAAACACACACAAAAAAUACAGCAAUAAAAUGAUCUUUGAAAUGUGAAUAUUGAAAACAAGA